GUAAAUAGCCUUGAAUUUGUAAAGCGUCCUGUUUGCGGAGUCUAGUCAACGGAGGUGUCCACCGUCUUCCUUGUGUUCCCCUAAUCCCCUUUGCCCUUUCCCCUCGCACAUGUCACAAGAAACCAUGGAAGGGGAAGUAGCUGUUGCUGUAAUGGAAGAAAAUCAAAUGGCGGACCUGGUUUGGCCAUACUUGAGGUUGGUUUAUCAGCCGCCCGAGGAAUCUGCGCGGCGUCGUCGCCGCGAACAGUACUCGAUAUUCACCAUCAUGGAGGCUCUGAGGCAAAUGAUUCUUGAACCAAUCGUUUACGACACUGCUGAACAGGAUUCUGGCGAAGUUAAAUUCUCCAUGAUAGCCGCAUCAAAGGGAGGCUUUGACAUCAAGAUCGGCUCUCAUACGAUGCAUGCGCCCAAGUAUGCCAGUGCACGUCACCCGCUCGUCUACAUGAUGCUUUUUGCUUGCAAUCUGCUCGACGGUAAAUUCUCCUGCCCGAAAGCUAUGGUGCCGAGAAGCAUCCUCAACAUGAUUCGGAAAUCGCGCUCGGUAUCACGCAGCACUGGAAUUGCUGGAGAAUCUAUAGUGGAAAGUAUCGGCGUGUAUGCUGAGAGUGAACUAGGUUGCGCUGCUAUACCUUCAACAAUAUCCCCUGCAAUCGCUGCUAAAGAAGACGAAGACGCAGCUUAUCACGACAAUGCAAUGGGUGGCGCUGACACCCAUACUGAUAUGGAGAGUAUAGCAACAUGGAUGGCUCAAGCGGCAUCUCUGCAUGAGCAAAACAAGAUUAUGAAUUGUUGGGACAAGGAUGGUGUACGUGAGGUAACUCAUACUGAACCCGAACAUCAGAGCAUCAUGGAGGCAGCGGAGAAGAAAACUGCAGCUACCUGGGUUGUCGCCACCGCCGCUACACACCACGCGACGGGGAACCGCGACCUCCUAUCCGGUUUCACGCCCGAUCAACCGGGCCGCUUUGUUGAGUCAGCCGACGGGGCGUUGCCCAUGCAGGUCAUCGGGCACGGCUCCGUGAUCACUGACACGGUGGUUCUCCCCAACGUGCUCUACGUCCCAGGGCUCAGGUCUAACCUCGUCUCCGCCAGCCAGCUCGCCGAGCUAGACUACACCGUGGGGUUCAGCCGCGGCACGUGCCACAUCAGGAGUGCCGCUGAUGGCACCAUCGCCGGCAAAGCCAGUGUUGGAGGAGAUGGAUUGUUCCGGCUGGACUUCCUGAAAGUCAUGGCCUCCAUUACAGGCGCGUUAUUUGAAUAAUAGAAGUUCCUCUUACCAGAAUAUGCAUGUUUGAGUAUAGAAACUCAUGGUUCUAUGUAAUUUGAAUAAGUACAUGGAACUGCAGCUUUGCAUGGCCGAAUGCAGCUUCGUACUGGGCGUGUAUGCCUUGAAGAACUAUGAAACCAUGUUUGAUCAAUUUGAUAUACAUGUAUGUAAUGUAUCGUACUACAAGUAUGUGUGUAAGUGCAAUUACAAUAUAUUCAUAUAGUUGUAUGGGAAAUGAUUUUCUUUGA